GGCGGGAGGCGGAGGGAGGAAGGGGUACCAGCAGCGGGCGGGAUCCUGCGAGGCGCGUGAAGCCUCGCUGGCGCCUCGUCUACGACUGGAACGCUGGCGGGCGCGGAGUUUCUCACGGCCGGCCGGGCCCGCCUCUGCUGACUACAUCUCAGAAACAAUCAGCUUUUCUCGAUGGACCCAUUCAUCAAAUGAAAUAUGCCUGUACUAUUUUAAAAAGCUUUGUACUUCAUAAUGGAAAUAUUUACCCACCUUAAAAAUGAAAAUGAGGACAUUUGAGAAGGUGAUUUAAGGUGUGGACAUUUGAGAAAGUACCUCAUCAAAUCAGUGAACCAAAGGAUAAGAACUGAAUAGAUUAAUCCUAAACACCUAUUUUUUUUUUAACUGGGAGGAUUUCAUCCUGACAGAAAAACAACUUUUAUUCAGUAUGUAUUUUCUGAAAUUAAAAGAGAGAGACAAGAAUAAAACUUAAAAGGAAACAGAUGAAGAAGUUUAGAAAGUAAGCAAUGUCAACUCUUUUCUGAUGAGGAUAAUUCAAUGAUGUUAUAUCCUUUCCAAAUCCCUGGUUGUGGUCCUAAAGCCAAGACUCUUUUUUGAUGGGACUGAUAAUAAAGGAAGUAGGACCUUUUGUGAAUUCAUUUCACAGUUGUAGAUCUUGCAGUCAUCAGCAUGAGUAGCUUAAAAGAGGAAAUAAGUUUUCAAUUAAAUCUAAAAGUACAGUCAUUCUUUUCCUGCUGAGAUUUUAAAAGCCUCUCCAUAACCAUUGAAAAAGAAUUGACAACUAUUUUAAAAGAUUAAAGAAAGGCAGAUGUCUGCAAAUAAUUCCCCUCCAUCAGCCCAGAAGUCUGUAUUACCUGCAACUCUACCUGCUGUGCUUCCAACUCCUUCAAGUUCAAGUCCUAAGACAGGACUCUCCGCCCGACUCUCUAAUGGAAGCUUCAGUGCACCUUCGCUCACCAACUCCAGAGGUUCAGUGCAUACAGUUUCAUUUCUACUGCAGAUUGGCCUUACACGAGAGAGUGUUACCAUCGAAGCUCAGGAACUCUCUUUAUCUGCUGUCAAGGAUCUUGUGUGCUCCAUUGUUUAUCAGAAGUUUCCAGAGUGUGGAUUCUUUGGCAUGUAUGACAAAAUUCUCCUCUUUCGCCAUGACAUGAACUCAGAAAAUAUUUUGCAGCUGAUUACCUCAGCAGAUGAAAUACAUGAAGGAGACCUAGUAGAAGUUGUUCUUUCAGCUUUGGCCACAGUAGAAGAUUUCCAGAUUCGUCCACAUACGCUCUAUGUACAUUCUUACAAAGCUCCUACUUUCUGUGACUAUUGUGGUGAGAUGCUCUGGGGACUGGUACGUCAGGGACUGAAAUGUGAAGGCUGUGGAUUAAAUUAUCAUAAACGAUGUGCCUUCAAGAUUCCAAAUAACUGCAGUGGAGUAAGAAAGAGGCGUCUGUCAAAUGUGUCUCUGCCGGGACCUGGUCUCUCAGUCCCAAGACCCCUGCAAGCUGAGUAUGUGGCUCUUCCCACCGAAGAGUCACAUGUUCACCAAGAACCAAGUAAGAGAAUUCCCUCUUGGAGUGGCCGCCCGAUCUGGAUGGAGAAGAUGGUGAUGUGCAGAGUCAAAGUUCCGCACACGUUUGCGGUUCACUCCUACACCCGUCCCACCAUAUGUCAGUACUGCAAGCGGCUACUGAAAGGCCUCUUUCGCCAAGGAAUGCAGUGUAAAGAUUGCAAAUUCAACUGCCAUAAACGCUGUGCAUCAAAAGUACCAAGAGACUGCCUUGGAGAGGUUACUUUCAAUGGAGAACCUUCCAGUCUGGGAACAGAUACAGAUAUGCCAAUGGAUAUUGACAGUAGUGACAUGAACAGUGAUGGUAGCAGGGGCUUGGACGACACAGAAGAACCAUCUCCCCCAGAAGAUAAAAUGUUCUUCCUGGAUCCAUCAGAUCUUGAUGUGGAAAGAGAUGAAGAAGCUGUUAAAAACAUUAGUCCUUCCACAAGCAAUAAUAUUCCACUGAUGAGGGUCGUACAGUCCAUCAAGCACACAAAGAGGAAGAGCAGCACUAUGGUGAAGGAAGGAUGGAUGGUCCAUUACACCAGCAGGGACACCUUGAGAAAGAGGCAUUAUUGGAGACUUGACAGCAAAUGUCUAACAUUGUUUCAAAACGAAUCUGGAUCAAAGUAUUACAAGGAAAUUCCACUUUCAGAAAUUCUCCGCAUAUCCUCGCCACAAGAUCUCACAAACAUUUCACAAGGCAGCAGCCCGCACUGUUUUGAAAUCAUCACUGAUACCAUGGUAUACUUUGUUGGUGAGAACAUUGGAGAUAGCUCUCACAAUCCUGUUCUUGCUGCCACUGGAGUUGGACUUGACGUAGCACAGAGCUGGGAAAAAGCAAUUCGCCAGGCCCUCAUGCCUGUUACCCCUCAAGCCAGUGUCUGCACUUCUCCAGGGCAAGGGAAAGAUCACAAAGAUUUGUCUACCAGUAUCUCUGUAUCUAAUUGUCAGAUCCAGGAGAAUGUGGACAUCAGUACUGUUUACCAGAUCUUUGCAGAUGAGGUGCUUGGUUCAGGCCAGUUCGGUAUCGUUUACGGAGGAAAACAUAGAAAGACUGGAAGGGAUGUGGCUAUUAAAGUAAUUGAUAAGAUGCGAUUUCCUACAAAACAGGAAAGUCAACUCCGUAAUGAAGUGGCUAUCUUACAGAAUUUGCACCAUCCUGGGAUUGUAAACCUGGAAUGUAUGUUUGAAACCCCAGAACGAGUUUUUGUAGUAAUGGAAAAGCUGCAUGGAGAUAUGUUGGAAAUGAUUCUGUCCAGUGAGAAAAGUCGACUUCCAGAACGAAUUACCAAAUUCAUGGUGACACAGAUACUUGUUGCUUUGAGGAAUCUACACUUUAAGAAUAUUGUGCACUGUGAUUUAAAGCCAGAAAAUGUGCUACUCGCAUCAGCAGAGCCAUUUCCUCAGGUGAAGCUGUGUGACUUUGGUUUUGCACGCAUCAUUGGUGAAAAGUCAUUCAGGAGGUCUGUGGUGGGAACACCAGCAUACUUAGCCCCUGAAGUUCUCAGAAGCAAAGGUUACAACCGUUCUCUAGAUAUGUGGUCAGUGGGAGUCAUUGUCUAUGUGAGCCUCAGUGGCACGUUUCCCUUUAAUGAAGAUGAAGAUAUAAAUGACCAAAUCCAAAAUGCUGCAUUUAUGUACCCACCAAAUCCAUGGAAAGAAAUUUCUGGUGAAGCAAUUGAUUUGAUAAACAACCUACUUCAAGUGAAGAUGAGAAAACGUUACAGUGUGGACAAAUCUCUUAGUCAUCCCUGGCUACAGGACUACCAGACUUGGCUUGACCUUCGAGAAUUUGAAACUCGCAUUGGAGAACGUUAUAUUACACAUGAAAGUGAUGAUGCCCGCUGGGAAAUACAUGCAUACACACACAACCUUGAAUACCCAAAGCACUUCAUCAUGGCUCCCAAUCCAGACGAUAUGGAAGAAGAUCCUUAAUUAUCAAUGACCUAAGAACUUCAGUAAGGAAGUAUUUCAUUUUAUGGGCUGAUAUUUUGUUGCACAACUGUUGUUGGAGGUCGUCAUUUGCAAGGAUGCAAAGACAUGAGGAAAUACGAUAAGGAAUCAGUGACACCAAUACUGUAGUUCAUAAUAAGUAGGUACAAGAGUGGAAAGUAAUAAAAACACAUAAUGGAACCAAGAUGAAGCUUUUCAUAAAUUUUAUAGCAUAAGAAAUAACUGGUUUUGUAUUUUUCCUAAUCCUUCACUUUAGUACAAUAGUGGCACUUUUAUCUUCCCUUUCCUGUUCUUAUAUUAUUUUCAAAAAAGUACAAAAAGGCAAGCUAGAAUCCAGUUAUUACAUAGCUUGACCAAAUCAUAUGAAAGUUAUAAGGUUGAUUACUGAACAGGUUUGCAUUUAAGUGAUAUCAGGCUGCCAGCAUGCAGUUUUCUGUAAGGAUUUUAAACAUUUGUUUAACUGACCAUACAGGGAUUGAGGGGAUUUUACCAGACACCUACAAAAGUAGUGCUGGACUUUUUUACCUUUUUCUUUUUUUUUUUAGGUCAGUCAAGACUCCAAAACAGUGAUCCCUAACCUUUUUAGAGUUGAAACUCUGAAUAUCCUCUCUACAAC